CUAUUGUUGUUAAUGAUUGAAAACAAGUUUCCGAACUUUCCGAAAGCACUUGAAGGCAGCAUACUGAACUUUAUUGAACACAUGAAGGCAACGUCCGUUAGCUAGCAGGCUAGUUUAGCAUUCUGCUAGCCGCGGUGAUCAGCGACUCCUAGCUAUGCAACUACAAACAACUUAGUUGGUUUAACUAACGUGUCCUAUACAUGGGCAAAAAAGAGUACCCAUGACUUAACAAAGGAUAGGCCAACAUAAUACAACAACAGAUGGAGGAGUAUGUUUUAUCUGCGGGCCGGGCCGUGCUGGACAUGGUGGAGCGGGAGUGGCAGCCCCUGUCCCCGGGCGAGCUGGAGCAGCGGCUGGACCAGGCGGUGGAGGGGGUCCUGGAGGCUGAGAUGAUGGCGACACUUAAAACUCAGCCUCCUACUGCUUUAUACGUACAUUCAUUGCAGAGUCAAACUAAUGUGCAGCCCGAAGAUUUACAGACGACAACAUCGUGCAGCAGUCCCCCGGAGGAGUCCCCGGAGGAAGCUUUGGAGGCUUCAGACUGUGCUGCAGUCCAGUACAUCACAGACCUGCUUCAGAGCUCCAAAUCCAGGGCUCGAAUGGCAGGACGGGCUCGCUUGUCCCUGUCCAACACUGUCCAGCUUUCCCUCACUCUGCUCUCUGAGCGCGUCAGCUACCGCUCCGUGUCCCGCCGCUUCCACCUGGAGAAAGGAAACAUCCACAGGACCUUCUUUUCUUUCUGUGAGCGCAUCAACACAUUGGAAGAGAGGCAAAUCAGGUGGCCAGUCGGCAUAGAAGCUGUAGAAGCCCUUUUCCCACUUUGCAUACAAGAGAUCGAGCAGGAGCAGCAGCAAAGUCUCCCUCAGGUCCUGGGAGUGUUGGGACACACCCGCAUCCCCAUCCGCCUGCCUAUAGGGAAACACGAUGUGGAGAGCACAAUGCCUGAGGUGAAGAGGAUGAAGGAGGAGGCUCAUCCCGACUCCUGGCUCAACCUUCAAUUCGUAUGUGACCGUAAGGGCCGGUUCCUACACUGCACAAUCAGUAAAGGAUCGAACAUGGACAGGGGCAACGCUCUGAAAGACAAACUCAAACAGCAUCCUGAUCUGAUGCCCCCUGGCUCCUGCCUCUUGGCCAGAGCUGGCUACCCGCUCACAGCUCAGAUUUUAACUCCAUAUUUAGGGUAUCAGGGACCCAGAGAGGAGCUCUUUAACACGAAUCUGGAAGAGCAUUUUCACAUCCUGGACCAAGCUGUUGCCAACCUGAAAGCCAGAUUUCAAAGGCUCAAGUAUCUGGAUAUAGGAAACUAUGAUCGAGCGAGAGCUGUCGUGCUAACAGCUUGUGUCUUGCACAAUGUAUUUUUGGACAUGGGACAAGUGAUUCAAGGAGAUGUUGAGAAAGAGGAAGACACAACCCCAGAGGAAGAUGGGGAGGUAGAUGAAGAAGGUGCACAAAGACGUGACACCAUCUCAGAUUUGUUGUUUAAAAACGUUGGUACUGUAAACACAUGUGAUGAUAUCUAGGGGAAGACUUUCAGAAUGUUUAUGCU